AUUGUGAGAAUUCAUGAAAAAUUCAUGAAGGAGGCAGCUCUAUUAGAUGAAUAUAGAAACGAAGUAAUUAAAGGGAAAAACGAUUUGAAAUCGUGUCAAAAUAAAGUUGAUAAAUUCGAAUCUGAAAUUAAUUCAAAACAAAAUAUUAUUGUUAAAUUAGAGGGAAAGUUAACAGAAAAAUCCACCAACUUAGAAAUUUGUCAAGUUCAAUUAAAAUCUCUCAAAUCUAGCUUAAUUGAAAAAGAUGAAAAUAUUAAGAGAUUUAGUGAUAAUAUUCAAAAUAUAACAGAGCAUCAGAAAACACUUGAAGUGCAAUUAGAGCAGAGUAAAACAAAAUUAAUAAAGCAAGAUAAAGAUAUUGAGUUAUGCCAAUCUGAAAUUGAUACAUUGAACAGGACAUCAGAGAAUAUUAGAGAAGAGCAGAAAAGAAUUGAAUUGCAACUUAAAGAUAGUCAAACUAAGCUAAUAGAUAAAGUUAAAGAAAAUCAGUUAUGUCGAGCUGAAGUUGAUCAGUUAAGUCCCACAACUUGCAUCCCAUUUGGAGAUUCAGAUGUUCAUCAACUUAAUGCUUCUGGCGUAGGUUUAUUCGAUGUUUUAUGCGAUAGUCAGUUAGCUGGACCUGGAUGGAUUGUAAUACAACAACGAGUUGGGGGAAAUGAGAGUUUCAAUAGGGAUUGGGCAACGUAUCGCAAAGGUUUCGGUUCUUAUAAGAGCGAUUUCUUCCUCGGACUAGAGAAAAUACAUCGUAUCACCAGAUUGCAGCGAUUCGAACUUUAUAUACACUUGGUUGCUCUGAAUGGAAGUACCUACAACGCUCGUUAUGACGACUUCAAAAUAUCUGAUGAAGACAGUGGAUAUAAACUGAGUUUGGGUAAAUUCAGUGGAACUAUUAAUGAGGAUGCGAUGAGAUACAACGAAAACAUGAAAUUCUCAACAUUCGAUCGCGACAACGACAUUGGUGAUGGUCAUUGCGCAGUUGACUACGAAAGUGGCUGGUGGUACGGCGGUUGCGCUAAUUGUAAUUUAAAUGCACCAUAUGGGGAAUAUCUACGUUGGUGGCUGACAAAUAGAUUCGACCUUAAAAAAGCUAAGAUGCUAAUUCGCCCCAAAGAAGCAAUGAAGAAGUGAGCAAUUGAAGAGC